AUGCGGCUGCGCAUGCCGCUGGCGCCGCAGCCGCCCCGAGAGAACACGGCACAUGUCCCGGGCCAGCUCGACGUCGUGGCGCGGUACGUGCAGCGCGUUGUUGUCCUGAAUGGCCUCCAGGGGCAGCGGAGGCAGGGACGGUCGAGGUUUCGGUAUCCGCAUGCUUGUCUGGUGCCGUGCGACUGGUGUUUGGUGCUGUGGGAGCGGGUGGCCAAGGUGAGGCCUGGGUUGUUUGAUGAUGAUAGUGAGGACGAUGACGAGGGGGUGGAUGAUGACGAUGGUGACGAAGAAGAAAAGCCGCCAGAGGAGAUCGUGCAGUGUCUGACGGUUGCGCAACGGGGCAUCUUGAAUUAUUAUUAUCCCAAUAUUGACGAGGUGGAUGUUGAGACCCUGCUACGGACGCGGACAGGGCAGGGGGAUGAUGGUCUCCUAAUGUUCGUCGUCUACGAAACCGAGGCGCGGAUCCUGGGUGGUAAGCGGGCUUUGCUUCUCCCGGUCGAUAGUCGAGAGAUGGAGUGGGUCGAGUCUUUUCUUCGGGGUGUGGGGUGGAUGGAGAAGACGUUCCCGGAACUAGCCGCGGAAGCGAAGAAGGGUUGUGCUUGAGGGGGUUAUUGGCUUUGUCUGUACGUUCCAUAUUACCG